CAUGGAGUCCAUCAUUCCUCGAACAACACCGCCUGACUUUCACUGGUAAGGCGUGGCUAGAUCGGCCAGUCCAAGGUGCAUCGUGCAAAAUGUUCUGCCUCAGAACUUGGAUUCCACUCCUGGUGUUCCUUACAAAUGCAUCGCCGAUAUAUGUCGCCCUUUUCUUGACCGGCAACUAUAUUCUCCAGCGGCCUUGCAUAUACUGCUCUCUUUUACUGUCGAUUCUGGUCUUUUCAUUAUUCGACUUUCAUGCCGACUGGUUUGAGCCUCGAUGGAGCGGUAGUCCCAUUGCAAUUACUGAGACCGCUACCUCUUUCCUCAGUGGAAAUGCGACCUUCACGGAGGCUAUAGUAGAGACGGCAAGUCUCGCUGUGGCUGCGAUCAAUGGCACGGGCGGAUCACUUGCGAGUGUAGCUAUUGAGGAGAUGAAGCGGAAAAUGGCGACAGGAGGUGGAACAUCACUGUUGGCUGCAGCUUCAAAUAGCAGCAGCGGGUUUGAAUGGAUAAGAGCGUCACUGGAGAGGAGACAAUUCAGAAUUCCAUGCGUGGAAGUCAUAGUACGGAUAUGAAACAUCCCUUUUCUUCCGACACCGCGAUACGGAAAGUAGCUCAAUUGCUCCGGCAGUUUGCUCCAGCAUCGCCUAUGCAAUGCGGACUGGGUGUGUCCACCGGCCGACGCUCAAGCAUCGUCCCAUCGACCGCACGCAGAUAAAGCGACUUUUUUAAUGCUGUCUGAUUUUGGGUAGAUGACCUCCUACGUGUUUGGUGCAUAAUCUGGACACGCCUGGGUAUUCUCCGCGAAUUCAGUUAGUGAAGUAACGACGGGAUCACGACAGGACAAAAGCGAUGCAACGUGCAGCCUGAACUGCGCAGCGCCAUGGACAGGACCGC